AUGCAUUUGUCAAGUCUUGUGAUUGCAGCUGCAUUUGCGGCUUCUGCUGCCGCGCAGAUGUCUCUUAUGGAGAUUUUGGCAGCGAACAAUAAGACGUUGGGGACGUUGACUGCUCUCCUUCAGAACCAGCCAGAACUAGCCACAAAUCUCCUCAACGCUCGUAACAUCACAAUCCUCGCGCCUUCCAACGAUGCCUUCUCCAGAUUCCUCUCCACACCGGGCGGACAAGCGACCUCGAACGACCCAGGCAAGCUGACCGCGCUCCUCCAAUACCACGUCCUGGUCGGAGCCCAUCCCUCUAGCGCUCUCAAUAUGUCGAUAUACCCACAUAGCAUAUUGACAAACUCAACGUAUACCAACGUUACGAAUGGCCAGGUGGUGCAGCUCUCUAAGAUGGGGAACAAGGUCAUGGCAAUGAGUGGAUUGAAGGAGAUGAGUAUGAGUACGACUAUGGAUGUCAUGUUCACAGGAGGUGUGGUGCAUGUUAUUGACAAAGUGCUUACCGUGCCGAUGAUGCCCUCCAUGUCCGCCGUCGACUCCGGCCUAACUGGUCUCGCCGGCGCCCUAACAUCCACCGGUCUCGUUCCCACCAUCGACAGCGCCCGCGACGUAACAAUCUUCGCGCCCUCUAACGCCGCAUUCCAAAACAUCGGGUCCGCGCUCCCAGCCCUACAAGCAGAUCCAACCAUGUUCCGCAACAUACUAGCGUAUCACGUCGUCAGUGGCACGGUAGGAUAUGCAGGUAUGCUUGGCAAUAUGAGCUUGAUGACUGCGCAGGGAGGGAUGGUCAAUAUUGAGGUCGUGGAUAAGAAGGUGUUUGUGAAUAGUGCGCAGGUGAUUAUUAGUGAUGUUAUUGUGGCGAAUGGGGUGGUGCACGUUAUUGAUAAUGUCCUCAACCCAGCAAACGCAACCGCAACGCCAAUCCCUACUGCUACAGUCCAGCCAGUUGCUUUCUCGGGUGUGUCAUCCGCCAGUGUUAUUCCGUUCACGAGUGGCAUCACGCCUACCACGACGGCACCGAGCGCUAGCACGAAGACUGCUGCUGCAGGACGCGUUGAGGGAGCGAUGGGUUUGGCGGCGUUGUUUGGUGCUGUUGCUGUUGGUGGAGUUUUGUAA